AUGAAGAACGUUACAAGGAGAGAAUGGAGAGCAGCUUUGACAGAAGUAGCCAACAUAGCAGGAUGGGAUUCACGGACCUACGGAACCGAUUCAGAGUUUGUUGAGGCAAAUGUGAAAGACAUUUUGUUGAAACUGAAUGGUAUGUCAUCAAGUGAUGAUUUCAAAGAUCUGAUUGGAAUUAACAAGAGCAUUGAGGAAAUGCAUUUGGGGAAAACAACCCUUGCUCGUGUUAUAUUUAAACGACUAUCCUCUACGUUUCAAGGCUUCUGCUUUCUUGAUAACAUUAGAGAAGAGUCCGGAAAGCAUCAAGGACUACACUAUUUGCAAACAAAACUAUUUUCCGAGUUAUUGGAGGAAAAGGAAAGACUUGGCCGUAAAAAGGAUCGGGAUACCAUUACCUCUUUUGCUGAGGAAAGGCUUCGCCGUAGAAAGGUACUUAUUGUUCUUGAUGACGUGAAUGCUCUGGAGCAAUUAGAAGUUUUCGCUGAGGAUCACCAUUGGAGAAACUCUCCCACGGCCGAUGAUGUAAUGUUGUCGAAAAGAGUGGUAAAUUAUGCAAAUGGGAACCCCUUAGCUCUUAAAGUUUUAGGGUCAUUCCUUCGUUCAAGGAUUAUUCUUGGAAAUUUAAAAUAUGUUGAUCUUCAUUCGCCCGACCAUCUUAUUGAAAUUUCCGCUCUCUCUCAAGCUCCAAACCUUAUGAGCGUAGAUCUUGGCCACUGCAGAGCAUUACGUCAAGUUCCUUCACUGAGAUUUCGAAUUUCUGAGGAGCUUACUUGUUUGGAUCAGAGGUACCACGAAUGCAAUCGCGUUGAAUGCCGAACUAUUGGACACCUUAAACUUGACAAAUGCACUGCUCUUGAAGUUGUUGAGAAGAUAACUGGGAAUCUUGAUUUCUUGGAUCUCAGCCGCUGUCGUUUUCUCAAGAAUCUUCCAAGUGAUAUUCAAAAGCUAAAGUCCUUGAAAUGCCUUAAUCUAAGCGGAUGCUUAUACUUUGACAAGCUAUCGGUGCUUCCAAGAAACAUGAUUGAGUUAGAUUUGAGUAGAACGGCGAUAGAAGAAUUGCCAUCAUCGUCCAUUGAGUAUCUCUCCAGUCUUGAGAAACUAGAUUUGAGCAAUUGUGAAAGGUUUAAGAGCUUGCCAACCAGUAUUUGCAAGUUGAAAUCUCUUAAAAGCCUUGACCUGAGAAGGUGCUGGAAAUUGGAAAUCUUCCCCAAAAUAUUGGAGCCGUUGGAACAUUUAGAGAGUCUCAACUUACAUAGUACAGGGAUCCAAGUGCUACCACCAUCUAUAUCUAUGUUGCACUUUCUAAGAUCAUUGAAUUUGAGUUUCAGCAAUUUAUCUGAAACUCCUGAGGAGAUUGGUCGGUUAUCUUCAUUAGAAAUCCUAAAUCUACUUGAAACCCGUAUAGAGGGAAUGCCUGUAAGCAUAAAAGAUCUUUCUAAGCUGACCGAGCUCGUGAUUUCCUGUUGCAAGAGACUUAAAUAUUUGCCGGAGCUUCCGUUUUCUCUAGAAUAUCUUAAUGCAGAUAGAUGCGUCUCAUUGGAGACGAUAGCAAAUUCAAGGGAUGUUAUCAAACAAGGGUUGAGUAGUGGCAACCAUGUUAUAACAUUUAGGAACUUUGUCUAUUCUGGUUGCUCAAAGUUGGGUCUCAACACACAAAACAACAUAGUGAGUGAAUUUCAGCUCAGAACUUUGGACACAUCAAUUAAAUGUCUGCUUCCAGUACAUGGCGCAUUAAAGAAAUCAGAUUGUCCUGGUGUUGGCAUUUGUUUUCCCGGAAAUAAAAUUCCGAUAGGAGAUGUGGUCCUUGUACUUAUCUAG